AUGAGUGAAUUACAUACGCCGAAGACUUUCCAAUCAAAGUAUUUGCCACCUUUGUUUGCUGGUGCUUUAGCUGGAUUUUCAGUGGAUGUAGCACUUUACCCCUUGGACACACUAAAGACAAGAUUACAAAGUGCUCAGGGGUUUCAAAGAGCUGGAGGCUUCACAGGAGUUUAUAGAGGACUUUUAACGGUAGCCACCACAUCAGUGCCGACGGCUAGCCUGUUCUUCGUCUCAUACGAAGCUACGAAGAUAGCUUGCCAACCUUUAGUCACACCACAUUUUCUACCCUUUGUGCAUAUGUUUGCUGCCAGCGUUGGUGAAGUGCUGGCAUGCCUCAUCCGCGUGCCCACGGAAGUAGCUAAGCAGAGAAAGCAGACUUAUGUUGGCAUCAAACAAAAGAGUAGCAUAUCUAUACUCUUAGAUGCAUAUAAGACAGAGGGUCUAUUUCGAGGCGUCUACCGAGGAUUCUUUUCCACCGUACUGCGGGACCUGCCCUUCAGCUUCAUCGAGCUACCGGUGUGGGAACUCCUCAAGACGACCAUCAAGACUUACAAUGAUGGAGAGAUCACCAGCUUACAGAGUGCAACAUGUGGUUCUGUGGCGGGAAUGUUCGCGGCGGCGCUGACCACGCCCCUGGACCUGGCGAAAACACGCAUCAUGCUCGCCGAAGCUAACGCUGGCCUGCACGUCAAUAAGUUGCGUGUUACAACAAUACUAACCGAUAUAUACUGUACGUCGGGGAUCAAGGGUCUGUUCGCGGGGGUGACCCCAAGAAUGACCGCAUUUAUGAUUGGGGGCUUCGUCUUCUUUGGGAUAUAUGAUUACUCCAAAACUAAUAUAGAGAAAUAUAUGAGAUAG